AUGGCCAGGUCUCCAGCCAGCCAGCUGAGCCAGUUCUCUAGGACGGGAAAUGUGAUUGAGAGGUUCCUUGGCAUUCAGCGUGUUUCUGAUGACACCACAUCACCUUCACUAAAGGAAGCAUUGGAUGCUAUGAUUGCAAGAUAUGGUCUAUCUAUUUCCAGGAUUAUAGGCCAAGGAUAUGAUGGUGAUUCAAAUAUGAGGACAGUUUCAUGGGUUACAUAG